AUGGGUGGUGAAGCUGUUCCUGUCGUCGAUGACAUCCCAGCAGGCAUCUCUAAUGGGAAGACCGAGCCAAUAUUCACCCGUCUGAGGAAGUUCACCCCUCGACUGGUCUUCAUGAUGUUCUUCCUGUCCAUCGCCGCCUUCAAUUUUGGCUACGAUCAAGGCAAUUUUUCUGGCCUCCAGGCUCUAGACUCAUUCGAGAAGCGUUUUGGACGGUACAACGAGAAAAAAGAGCGGUACCAGCUUCCUUCAUAUCUCCAAUCCCUCAUGACAUCAACUCCUUAUCUCGGGAAACUCUUGGGUACCUGGACUUGCGGCCCGCUUAGUGAGCGACUGGGCCGAAAAAAGAUGAUGGCCAUCAUCGUCCUUAUCUCGUACGUUGGAGUGGUCCUAGAAAUCACGGCUAGCACGGGAGCUCAGUUCACUGUCGGCCGCAUCGUCUGCUUCUACAUGGCCGGGUUCACGGUGCAGGUUGCGCCUGUCUAUCUGGCAGAAUGCGCGCCUCCCGAUCUUCGUGGUUUCAUUGGCAGUCAAGUGCAGUUCCAGAUCAACUUCUCUAUCAUGAUUGCCGCCAUCGUCAACUUUGGCGUUUCCCAUGUGCACUCGUCAAUUCAAUGGAGGAUCACAGUCAUGAUUCAACUCCUGAUGCCAACCUUGAUUGCCUUGUCAUACCCAUUUGCAGUCGAGUCUCCCCGAUGGCUCAUUGGUCGGGGUCGCAAGGAGGAAGCUGUCCGCAGCUUAGGGUUGCUCCGGAAGAAGGACGUUCCGGUAGAGCUGCUGGAGCAAGAGGUCACAUUCCUUUCGACAUUGAGUAACAACGAAGGCAAGGGGAGCUGGAAAGAAGUCUUCACCGGCAUCAAUAGGAGGAGAACGGCUAUCGCAUGCUUUGUCAUGUUUGGGCAACAGAUCACCGGCCAAGUGUUCGCCUCACAAUACGGCACCAUCUUCUACAAGACCCAGGGCAUCGCCAACCCGUUUCUGAUGCAGAUGAUCUCCACGAUUUGCGGCCUAUGUUGCAUGUUCGUCACCUCGCUGAUAAUCGACAGCUUCGGGAGACGAGUUAUCUUGUUGACCGGCGGCAUGGGCCAGGCCAUCUUCAUGCUGUGUCUGGGAGGCGUGGGAUUGAUCAAGAACCCUGGCAGUUCUGUCAAGAACCUGAUGGUGGCGUUUUUGAUUCUUGAUGGUGUCAGCUACAACAUCUCCUGGGCACCACUGUCGUACUUGACGGUAAGCGAGGUGUCCAAUUUCAGAGUUCGCGACAAGACGGCCAUGCUGGCGUUGUCGAUCUCGAUCGUUACCGUGUUUGUCACAUCUUUCACUCUCCCGUAUUUGAUGAACGAGGGAUACGGCAACCUAGGUCCCAAAGUGGGUUUCAUUUACGGAAGUCUGGCCCUCACCAUGGUAACGGCAGCUUACUUCGUCGUCCCCGAGCUCAAGGGCCGAACCCUCGAUGAGAUUGACGAGUUGUUUGAGCGCCGAGUCGGUGCACGCAAAUUCAGGUCGGCUUAUGUUGAGUCAACUCGCUUUGAAGGCGAGGUUCGACCAAAUCCCGUCAAGGGCGGGGAGGAGGUUCUCGAGACGGAACAAAUUGAGACCAUCAAGAGGUAG